AUGGCCCUCGCGCACCCGUUUGUCAUGUGGCGGGACAAGGCCACGCGCCGGUUUCACGACUUCAUCGCCAUGGCCUGGAUGAAGUGCUCCUUCGGCAGCGUGCUCGUGCACCCGAACAUCGUCAAUGCCCACAACCUCCCGCCAAAGGGCACGCCCGUCGUGUACGUCGCCAACCACUCGUCCUACCUGGACAUCUUCUCGUUUGCCUACCUGCGCCGCCGUAUCAAGUACGUGUCCAAGGCAGAGAUCUUCAAGCUGCCCAUCGUGGGCUGGGCGAUGGAAAUGGCGGGCAACAUCGCCCUGCGACGCAUGAACCGACGCGGACAGAUGGAGGCGUACCGUAAGAUGGUGGCCGUUGUGAAGAAUGGCCUCUCGCUCGUCAUCUUCCCGGAGGGCACCCGCAGCGCGUCGGGCAAGAUGAGAAAGUUUCAGUCCGGCGGGUUUCGCGCAGCCAAGAAACAGAAUGCACCAAUUGUGCCCGUGACGAUACUGGGGACGAGGGAAGUUAUGCCGGCGCAUGCGUGGGUGCCUCUAAGAUACCCGACGAAACCAAUAUCACUCGUCGUUCAUCCACCACUUGAUACGGCAAACCGGUCCGUUCACGAGUUGCAAGAUUGUGCGUAUGAGGCGAUUGACUCGGCUCUACCACCAGAAGCUCAGACUAGACCACUAAUUAAGCAUGCAAAGAAUGCAAGGCGCAAUUUUUAA